AUGAGCACAGUAAAUGACCUCCCAGUCGAACUAUGGCGAGAGAUUUUCGAGUUUGCGAUCGGAGAAUCCAACCUGUUGGAUCCCCUGUAUGAGCCGCAGAACCAACGCCUACGUCUCCACCAAUUUCUUCAUAAUGAAAAUGGUAUGAAGCGCAAUCAUUCGAGUGAAAUGGACGGCAUGCAUCACUCUGGACCCCAUUCCUCGUCGUCGCCGAUGGGCGCAACGCCAGAUUCUGCGAUGGGUCCUGCACGAAGGGGCUCAGCGUCGAGAUACUCUCCAUCAUUCUCAGCGAACCUCAGACUUUCACCAACCUCACCUUCGUCAGGGACCAACGGCGGCGCGCCACUUUCAACGAGUCUACAGGUCAAGCUCGCCAUCUCCGCAACAUCCUCACAAUGGCGAAAGGUUGGGCUACCGUAUUUAUUCAGAAACGUGACGUUCAUGUCGCUGCACCAACUCCAACUCCUCACCGGGCUCGUCCGAGCCUCACGAUAUCGAUACGUGCCAGGACCACAUAAUAUUCGUUUAUUGUUGCAAGGCGAAGGGGUGGGAUAUGGCGCAUUAAUUAGAAGGAUUGAAACCAAGAUUGACUUGGGCAAAGAUCCGUCGGAUCAUAUCAUCUAUGCCGAUAUCAUGUCCGACUUGCUCAAGUGCUGUCCGAACCUACUUAUCUAUGUCAACAAGAACCCUCAGGCUGGCAUUCCAACGCCUUCACCUAUCAUCAAUGCACUCAGCAGCAUCGAAGGUCUUAGACCGAAGAUAGGCGACUACUUACCACACCCGACGCAACGCAAUGUUGCAGCAGGAGAGGGAGAUACGUCGCUCGAACGACUCGAAUGGUCUGGCAAAGAAGGCAUCAUCGUAGGCGACCUCACCUUUCUUCUUCGACAUGCACCAUACUUGCGAAAACUUGUCCUAGGCCAAGCUUUCUUAUGCUCCACGCGUCUCUCCGAUACCCUUUCCGAUCUACAGAUACCCCUCUUGCAUCUGACUUCCCUCCGUGUCGACCUCACGACCUUACACCGAGCAUAUAUUCGCUAUACCCGCCGUUGGUCCAUCCCAGCUUUACAAACGCUCGAGGUUCUCAUUGGUUCAGCACCGUGGCAAUCCGAUGUCUACGGACUUCUCGAAUGCCUUCCUCCAUUACGCGAAUUGCACUUGCGGGUGCUGGAAUACAGUUCAAUGCCACCGCAGACCUGGCACGACCUUCUCGGACGACAGGGAUGCUCAGUGCUGCAGGCGCUCACCUUCAACGUCUCUGUCAUGCCUGCCCUUCCACCAGACAUCGACCUCCCAAAUCUUUCACAGGUCAGUUUGGAAGGAUGUCCACCCGAUUUCCGGGCGAUGAACGAGUACGAUCGACCCGAAAGCGAUCGCAGGGAGCAACUGUCCGAACAUUUGACAGCAUUAGCAAGUAGGCACGCAACAUUGCGCUGUAUUCGGAUGCUGGACGACGAAUUUCUUCUUAUAAGCGGCAGGAACGCAGAAGGCUAUGGUACGUCAGGCUGGGAAGUACCUCGUAGAAAGAAACUCUCGCGCGAGUUCAGAACGUGGAAAGAAUGGAGCUCAUUGCUGCGCGCUGCGGGUAUCCGCUUGACGAACUGUGAAGGGGAUCUCAUUGGUCCGAGUUAUUAA